CUGUUGAUUUUUUUCAGGAUAAAAAUCCCGAGCCAACUGCGUGGGUUUGUUAUCGGGCCCCAGGGCUCGAUCAUUAAGGGAAUACAACAACAGACCAGAUGUCGUGUUGUAUUCCCAAAUAAGGAUGACACGGAGAAACCCGUAGAGCUCAUAUCUUCUGUCUCGGAGGGCAGUGUUUUGCUUUGCCGAGACAGAAUCGAAUUGAUAAUGCGUGAAGUGCGGCAUCGCGCCGGCUUCACGCACUUCGUAUCGCUUUCAAUGGCUUAUGGAGGCAUCAAGAGGAGAUUCUGCGACUUUUGUCGCAUGGAGUCGUGCAGGUUAGCUGCAGCAUUCCAGAAACCGGCAAGGUUGCAUCUAACCUUAACGAUGCUCACGCUGCUGGAGAAGGAGGAAGAAGUAGAAGCAGUAAAAGCUCUGGACAGAGCGAUUGGAGACAGUGUCAGCAGCAUCCUCGAAGGCAGGCCAUUGGAAGCUGAAAUCAAGGGACUUGAUAUCAUGAAUGAUGAUCCGACGCGCGCCCGAGUGUUAUAUGCGUGCGCCUCCUCGGACAGACUCCAAAAAUUCGCGGACGCAAUAGCGAAUGCGAUGAGGGACGCUGGAUUUGCGCCCAAGGAGGAGUCUGUAAAGCUCCAUAUGACCCUCUCAAACGUCAAAUAUGCGGUUCGUUUGUCAUUCGAUCAUUAUCUUUGUAAUUUUACCGGCCUUGUUCGAGGUUCGGUUGGAUGGAUGGAUGUCUCGCGAUUACUGGAAAAAUAUCGAGACUUUCUGUUUGGAAGGACAACAGUUCGCGAGGGCUUCAAAGGGAAGCUAAGUGGCAAGAACGACGGGCAACGGAUGGACGGAUCGGAAUGGUACUGGCACGAUGUUACUGUGAAGGUUACAGGACAGCUGGAAGGACGUGAGCAAAAGUUCUAG